CACCCGAUCCAGCCUGAUCACCCGAUCCAGCCUGAUGACCUAGUGUUCGUGAUCCAGCCUGAUGACCCGAUCCAGCCUGAUGACCUGCCUGAUGACCCGGUGUUCGUGAUCCAGCCUGAUGACCCGAUCCGGCCUGAUGACCCGAUCCAGCCUGAUGACCUGAUCCAGCUUGAUGACACGAUCCAGCCUGAUGACACGGUGUCCGUGAUCCAGCCUGAUGACCCGAUCCAGCCUGGUGCCUCGGUGCCCAUGGUCCGGCCUGGUGCCUCGGUGCCCGUGGUCCGGCCUGGUGCCUCGGUGCCCGUGGUCCGGCCUGGUGCCUUGGUGCCCGUGGUCCGGCCUGGUGAAUCGGUGCCCGCUGUUCUACCAGAUGACUCGGUGCCUGCUGUUGAGCUUGGUGACCCGGUGCCUGCAGUCGUGCCAGAUGACUCGGUGCCCGCUGUCGUGCCAGAUGACUCGGUGCCCGCUGUCGAGCUUGGUGACUCGGUGCCCGCUGUCGUGCCAGAUGACUCGGUGCCCGCUGUCGUGCCAGAUGACUCGGUGCCCACUGUCGUGCCAGAUGACUCAGUGCCCGCUGUCGAGCCAGAUUGGCGACUCGGUGCCCGCUGUAAAGCUUGGCGACUCGGUGCCCGCUGUAAAGCUUGGUGACUCGGUGCCCGCUGUCCUGCCAGAUGACUCGGUGCC